AAGUGGUUUUACUUGACAACCCUCAUAAUCACAAAUUUCCUAAAGCUAAUCUCCAAAUCCACUAGUGAAAAAUAAUGAGUUAUUGAAAGUGAAAAACGAGCAGUGAUAAACUUUAAAUACAAAAUUAAUUAUCACAAAAACCAAAAAAACGAAUAAGAGCACGCAAAACCAGCUUUCAGACAAAGUUCUUUCUUCAACGCACAAUCCAAAAGAAAGCCAUUGAGCCAAACUAAGAUACGCCACAGCUCAAGCAGACCACAGAGAGCAAACCAACCAAUUUACUCAACUUUAACUCCUCCGCCAACCGCGACGAGCAUAAUUUGAUACCGAAGUGAUUAAUCCGCCAUUUAACUGGCACUUAAUAACAGAAACACAAAUCAGCUUUUGAGCACCACUCACCCAUACUCCCACUCAAAGUUGAAUUAAUACGCACACCCAACAACCAACUAAUUAGUCAGUCACUUUCCGCUCCCGCUUUCCAUCCUUUCUUCCACCUCACCGCUAUUCGCCAACAUGACGCGCCUUCGCGCUUUGCUCAGUCCUCUACUCUUACUCUCACUACUCUCCCUCGGCCGCGCCAUACCCAACGAUGUGUACAUGAAAAUGUUGGCCGCUCAGGCGCCCUCCGAUCCGUGUUACGACGAUGACAAGGCGCGCAAGUGCAUACCCGAUUUCGUGAAUGCCGCCUUUGGCGCGCCCGUACAAGCGUCAAGCACUUGUGGACUGGACCAGCCACAACGUUAUUGCGAGUUGAGCGGUUUGGGUUCGAUUGCCGAUCCACAGGAUAUGACUUGCCACAUUUGCGACUAUACGAAUCCGGCGCGCCGUUUCCCCGAAUCAGCGCUUACCGAUUUGAAUAAUUCGAAUAAUGUCACUUGUUGGCGCUCGGCACCCGUACCACCAGUGACUAGCAUGAAUGCACCACCCGACAAUGUUUCGCUCACUCUAUCGCUGGGCAAGAAAUACGAAUUGACCUAUGUGAGCCUGCAGCUGUGCCCGAAAUCACUGAAACCCGAUUCGAUAGCGAUUUACAAGAGUUCCGAUUAUGGCAAGACUUGGCAACCUUUUCAAUUCUAUAGCUCGCAAUGUCGUCGCGUCUAUGGGCGUCCCAAUCGUGCAACCAUCACAAAGCAUAAUGAACAUGAAGCACGCUGCACCGACUCGCAUCGCCAGGUGGGCGAUGUGACUGGUCUGCAGGGUUCGCGUAUCGCUUUCAGCACGCUCGAAGGACGUCCAUCGGCACGUGAUUUGGAUUCGUCGCAGGUGCUGCAGGAAUGGGUUACUGCCACGGAUAUUAAAGUGGUCUUCCAUCGACUGCAAAUGCCCGAACCGAAUGCGCUCAACGUGCUGGAGACGAGCGGCAUCGAAAUGAAACCGAACGGCAAAUAUAGCGAGGCAACAUCUAAUUCAGUGUUGAUACAACAAUACGGCGGUUUGAAUGCGAUCGAUCAAGCAGCCGAUGCUGUUAGUAUACCUGCUGCGGUGACUAUCUCAAGCGGUGCGUCCACGCAUACGGGCGCCGCUAGUUUAGGACAACAUUAUGCGGUGUCGGAUUUCCUCGUCGGUGGACGCUGCAAGUGUAAUGGACAUGCAUCUAAGUGCUCACCCGAUCAUAACGGUGUGCUCGCGUGCGAAUGCAAACACAAUACGAUGGGUCGUGACUGCGAACGCUGCAAGCCAUUCCACUUUGAUCGACCAUGGGGUCGGGCAACGGCACGUGACGCCAAUGAAUGCAAAACGCAUUAUCGGGAAGCGUCAACAACAAUGAGCAACAAAUGCUACCGCAGCGCGCAUGUCAUACAACUGACAGUUACAAGCAUGUCACAACAACAGCAACAACAACAACAACAGCCCCCCUAA